AUGGCUAAAAACGCAAACUUUCGGUAUCCACCUCUUAAAACACCUACAGAAAUCCGCCUUAUCAGGAUAGCAUCCUCAGACGAAGCUGAAUUUCGUUGUCAUCUUACUGUGAUCGAUCUAAACGGCGAUCCAAAGAUAUCACCCAUAGACGAAAAUCCAGUAUCUAAGUCUACACAUGCGGAGACGUCGCCUAAUUGCCAUUUUCAGAAAUAUGUGGCCCUCUCUUAUGUAUGGGGCGACCAGAGUCGUCUAUAUGAGAUUUAUUUGGAUGACCAACCGUUCUUAGUAGGACAUAGCCUGCUCAUUGCACUGAAGUCUUUGUCAAGGCCAGCAAUAGACUUGGCAACACUCGACCCAGUCUGCUUUGAACACAGAAUACCCCGCGUGGGAUAUCCAAACCCACCAGCAGAACGUUAUUUUUGGAUCGACGCUAUUUCUAUCAAUCAAUCCGAUAUUCUUGAACGGGAAGCUCAAGUCAAGCUGAUGGCGAGAAUAUACACCCAAGCUCGCUCUGUUCAUGUUGAACUGGGUUAUGAUCCCAAGGAGAACGCCACUGAGUUCCUUGAACUUAUACACAAGAUCAAUAGGGCAGGCGACAAGUGCAUGUCGGAUAUCCGCAAGUGCCCUACUCCGCAUCAGCCGGAUGUUUCGACUACAAAACUGGACGUCAUUCUUGGACCGAAUGAUGUCCGUACUCUCGAGUCUUAUGGAAUCCCCUCUGUUAAAGACCCUAUCUGGAACAAUUUACGCAGAUUUGCACAAUCACCCUACUUCUCGCGGGUGUGGAUUCUGCAAGAAUAUGUUUUGCCAUCAUUAGUUUUCAUUUCAUUGGGCGAUACUUUAAUAUGCCCUGUUCUCAUGGAUAGGUGUUAUGUGCUCUUGAACACAUAUAGUCGUGGGAAGCAACUUUAUUCUUUCCCGCUGCCGAAGACCUACGACACGUCUUGGAGAACCGAUGUGGGCGGUCUUGAAUUCAUGCAGUAUGCAUCGAUGCGUAGAACCCUAUUCCAUACUCCGCCCAACUCUGUGCCAUCGUGCAGGUUCAGCAACUUUCAACGUCUUAUUGAUCUUCUAAGUUAUUCUCGAGGUGCGAACGCGACCGAUCCCCGCGACAUGCUUUACUCUCAGUACGCCUUGGCCUCUGAUACAGCAGACUUCACCCAUCUCGUUACCUACUCUGAACCAACUCCAGAAGUAUUCUUCUUGUUUGCCAAACGUUUCAUAGAACUGGCCCAAGGAAUAGAAUUGCUUUAUAACAUCGAUAGCGAAACGACUACAUACCAAGGCUUUCCCAGUUGGGUGCCUAAUUGGAACAGGCGAACGAGUGAGCCUUCUAUGAUCUAUGCCACUAACUCGGACGCAACCUAUGCGGCCUCCCAACUGGUUCCGUCAGAUAUCAUUGUACAGGGCGCAACUCUGGUGGUCAACGGAGGGGUCUUCGAUUCCGUCGUUUGCACAACCCAAUCAGUUCAGUACGCCAGAGAACCCCCAAUGGAGGCAAUCAACAAGUUCAUAGUACAAGGCACUUUGCUCUUAUUCCAAGUCAGGCAGUACCCGGGAGACCAACAUAUCGAAGAUCUUUUUAUUCGUACCUUACUCUUUGACGAUAAAGAUGUUCACCAACGUGACGACAUUGGCAGACAACGAGAACUUUUCCGGAAUAUGAUCAAUUGCUUCGCUGAAAAUCCUCGUGACGAAACCUGGUCGGAACAUUGGAUUCGUUUUAUGCACGAGGGUUUUCGUAUGGCCAUUGGGAGAGUGUUCUGCAUAACCAAGAAUGGAUAUUUUGGUCUAGUUCCAGCAGGUGCAAGGAAUGGAGAUCAGGGAAUGGAAACUAUCGGUUAA